GUGGAAGUCUUGUUAAGGACACCAUCUUCCCCAGCACGCUUCGGUUUGGAACCUAAAAACAAAUAAAUAUACGUUGGAGAAUUCCUUCGUGUUAUCAAACUUCAAGUUCUCUCCUUUCGAUCAUCAUGGACGUGGGGGAGUCCUCUUUCGCAAAAUCAAAAUCCUCUUCGGAAAUCUGGGCUAAGCUUGGAAGAAAAUGCCAGAUUGUGAAUUGGAUUUGGCGUUUUUCUUUAUGCUUGGAUUCAAGAUAUGAAGAUGUCAAGAUUAGCUCAAACGAAGUUGUGAUAAAUUCAGAAACCAAAGGCUGUUCUCAAGAAAAGCACGAAUGGUGCAAAAUAACAAGGAAUUCAGAUCAAUUUUCUGCCACAAUGCAAAACAAGAGUUCAAAUGUAAUACUGGUCAAUGAUAUUGUUGUCCAAAGUGAAGAUGUUUUUGACAUCGAAUGUGGAGCUGUAGUAAUUGCAGGGCCUAAUAAAGAAGGAUAUUUGAGCUACAAAUUCAAAGUAAUGUGCGACCAAGAAUCCAGUAAGCAGAAGUUAAAGAUAAGUAUAGAUAUUGAGCAUGCACAAUGCAGCAUCUGCUUGAAUAUAUGGCAUGAUGUUGUUACCAAUGCCCCUUGUCUUCAUAGCUUCUGCAAUGGAUGCUUCUCGGAGUGGUUAAAGAGAUCACAGAAGAAACAAAGAGGUGUGCUCUGUCUGCAGUAUAGAGCAGUUGUACGGUUUGCUGGAAGAAAUCAUUUUCUGCAUAACAUUGAGGAGGGCUUACUACAAGCUGAUCCUUCGCUAAGACGUUCUGAUGAAGAAGUUGCAGUUUUAAAUUCCUAUGCAAUUAUAAAAUCAAAUUUUGUCAUUAGGAGUGGAGAAAGACAAAAUAGAAAGAGGGCACGGUUUUUUAUGGAUGCGAGAAGUGUCAGUGAAGAUGGUAAUGUGGACAUUGAUGGUGAGGAAAGUGAUGAUUGAGGGCCCCAUUGCUCACAAUGUGGCACUGAGAUUGGUGGGUUCCAGUGCAACCCUAACACCAUCCAUUUACAAUGUCAAGCUUGUGGAGUAAUGAUGCCUUCCAGAGUUGAUAUUAAUAUACCACAGCACUGUUUGGGCUGUGAUAGAGCAUUUUGUAGUGCAUACUGGCAAUCUCAAAGGCAUUCAGCUUGUUUGCAGUCAAGAAACAUUCAAACCAGUAUGUGCUGCUGGUUUUAUGACUAUGUUGAGUUACUUUGACUUGAUUUCUAGUGUCUCUUUGUUCUUAUUUCUUUGACUUUCUAUUUCUUUUUAAUAUAUUAGAGAAUGAACUGCUGGUUCAAGU